CAUUCAUACAAGUGUUUUCUUUUGUUCCCCAAGAGGUCGCUGCGUUCCCACUCACAUGGCAUCGAAUCGUUACAUGAUAGUGUUUUUGCCCAGCGUCCGACGACGUAGAAGGACACUUUCUGUUUGAGACUGACAACAAGAUAAGAUCAACACGGAGUUGUAAACGCUUCGCCAUGGAGGCUUUUCGUAUAUGACAGCAAGUGCGCCACUUUGGUCUUUUGCGCCUGUGCGCGAAUCUUAGAUUUGUUUUGAAGCAGCUCUUGAAUUCUUUUACCUCCUUGCUAUUUUUUUACUUCAGUGUUUUUGACAUCAUGGUUGUAAACAAAACGUACGUGAGUGUCGGCUAUGCCUCGGUCGGUUUGCUUGUGGGAAUGUCUGCUUUUCUGGUGUGGAACGUCGUGUACAGACAGCCGUGGACCGCAGCCAUGGGAGGACUGUCAGGUGUGCUGGCACUGUGGACCCUCAUAACUCACAUCAUGUACCUGCAGGACCACUGGCGAACCUGGUUGAAAGGGCUCAAGUUUUUCUUUUUCGUCGGUUUAUUCUUUUCUGUGCUGGCGGUUGUCGCUUUCAUCACCUUCCUGUCAAUUGCUAUCCAGAACAAGGAGUCCCUGACUGACCCACGCAGUCUCUACUUGUCUUGCGUUUGGAGCUUUAUGACUCUCAAGUGGUCCUCUCUGCUUGCUCUGGCCUGCCAUCGCUACCGCAAGGAGUUCGCCGACAUCAGUAUUCUCAGCGACUUUUGAAGUCGACUGAUGAGUGGGGAAGAUUAAAUGAAGGACUAAAGGACAUACUUAGUAUUUGAAGGGCAUUUUACCACAGUUACCACUUCGUUGUAGUGGUCAGCAUAGUUGUUUUGACAAAAAUGUACCGUAUGCCAGCGGUAGGUUUUGAUUUGGUAUAUGAUUGGUAAAGAAACAGUCACAUUGCUAACAUAGAUUUUGUUAUGUUUAUGAUUGGGCAGGUUAGAUUUGAGAUUGCUGAACACCGAGGCUGAACAUUUGGGGGCCCUAAGCAAAAUAAUGCAAAGGGGCCCGUAUUUUUGGCCCACCACUUCGUCACAGUAUACUGUGAAACCCAUACGUCCAUAUUUUGGAUAUUAAUCAGAUUUUGUUGCACUGUAUACUUAAAAUUUCUCCCCCCAAAUGAUUGUCAGUACUUACAGUAGAUAGCGCCAAACCUUUUUCUAAAAGAGGAAAGAAAGAAGUUAAGGAAGAACUUUUAUUUUUUUUAAGCUUGUAAUCAAGUAUCAAAACUCACAAAAGUCAAAUAAAGCAAACUGUAGUACAAAAAAAAAAAAAAAAAAAGCCAGAUUGGGGGCCCCCCAAGUGGUCAGGGGCCCUUAGGAGCUGCAUAGUCUGCGUAUAUGCUGGGCCGGCCUUGACCGAGGCUGAAAUUGCUAGUUAGAAAAUAAGACCAUCUAUCGAGACGCGUUGGAUAGAAUGAAGCCAGUACAAUAUUGUGGAACAAAUUUUGAUUGUAAAUAUAGGUUCAGGUUUCUUCUUGUUCUAGCCGUGAUGACUCACAAAUGAUGUAUAUAAUGUACAUGCAAGUGCAAUGCGUUUUCUGAAAUCUCUUCAGUAAGCAUCUUGUAUAGUUGCAGUUUCGUGUAAUUAUCAGUAGGGGGCACUACCACUCCAUCAAUAUGCCUGAUAUCUCAAUUUGGUUGUACUUGAAGACGAUACUUUUUCUUUUUUUUUAACCAAUGAUGAGUUAGGUGUGACAGAGCAUUCCCAUAUAAAGUAUUCGCCCCCCCCCUCCCCGUAUUGUUUUGAAAUAUGAGAUGUGAUAAAGAUAAAAGGAUGUGUCAUCAAGAGUGCCUUUUGCAUUAUUUUAAAUUUUAUAAUAGCAAUUUAAUCUACCAAUCAAUUGUCGCUCAGUGAGAUUUUCUUUUCACAGUAUGAGAAGGUAACUUUGUGCAUCCAAGUGAAUAUGUAUGUAGAAGGGUUGCAUCUAUAAAAUGAUGAUUUCAAAAACCUCUGUGUGGAAUUUGAAAAACAUGCUCACACACACCCAUCAAACCAACAUCAAAACACUUCCCAUUUUUACAGAGCAGGGCCUAUUUCACAGUUUCUGUUCCUGCAAAAUAAUUCAUGACAAAGGAAUACAACUUGUCCUGAGAAAGGUUUAGAGGUAGCAGAUGUACCAAUCGGGCUUUUAUUGUGUGAUUUGCACCAAGGAUAGAAUUUGCGCAGUCAUCUGAGAAACCCUUUAGAUCAGGUAUGUCCAAAGUCCGGCCCGGGGGCCAAAUGCGGCCCGUGGUCAAAUUUCAUCCGGCCCGCAGCCUCUGUCAUAAAACCCAUAACAUCUGGCCCGCACAUAGACUUGAUAAAUUGAGCAUCAUAUGAAGUAACUUACAAUAAGUGCUUUUCCUCAUUUUCCUACUAGAGGGGAGCAGUACUCUGAGUGACAUCAAUCCGUGUGAUGCUUUACCCCAAAUGUUCUAAAAUGGCGACAAUAAACAAAAAAAAAGGAACGUUGACUGUGAGGGCCGGUGCUUCUAGAGUAGGUGGAAAUUGGACUACCAUAGUGACCUGAAUAUAAGACUGUGUUUUUUGCAUUGAAAUAAGACUAAAAAAUUGGGGGUCGUCUUAUAUUCGCGGUCUAGACAUUAUACCCAUUCACGACGCUAGAUGGCGCCAGAUAUCAUUGAAGCGAUGUUCUGUCAUGACAGAUCUCGCUUCUCUCAAGUUUAACCAGUUUGCAUUAUUUUAUUGCAAUUAGGGUUGUUCCGAUCAUGUUUUUUUUGCUCCCGAUCCGAUCGUUUUAGUUUGAGUAUCUGCCGAUCCCGAUAUUUCCCGAUCUGAUUGCUUUUUUUUGCUCCCGAUUCAAUUCCAAUCAUUCCCGAUAAUUUUUCCCGAUCAUAUACAUUUUGGCAAUGCAUUAAGAAAAAAAUGAAUAAAACUCGGACGAAUAUAUACAUUCAACAUACAGUACAUAAGUACUGUAUAUGUUUAUUAUGACAAAUCCUCAAGAUGGCAUUUACAUUAUUAAUUAACAUUCUUUCUGUGAGAGGGAUCCACGGAGAGAAAGACUUGUAAUUCUUAAAGGAUAAAUGUGACUUUGUAUAUUGUGACUAAACAUUGCCAUCUAGUGUAUUUGUUGAGCUUUCAGUAAAUGAUACUGCAGCCAUUUAACUUCUGCCCAAAUGCAUGAUAGGAAGUGCAACCAUGAUUGUGCAUAGGGGCACCAAUUGAUAUAUCUUUUCUGCGUUGGGAAAGAACAUAGUGUGUUAAGAAAAUGAUCAACUACUACCUUUCUUCCCCACAUUGCCUCCCACGUUAUUUUUAAUUGCUGAGAGAGGUAUUGUAAGGCUUUAGCCACAUAAAAAAAGGCUCCAAAGGCUGUCAAAAUUCUCUCUACUCAUUAUACGCUGCCUAUUAGCGCUAUCUAUAGGUAAAACGGCGACUUUAUAGAUUGAACGCGACAAUGCGUGAGUGGGUCGUGCAGAGCAUGCAUUAAUUAUUUAACGUGAUUAAUAAAAAAAAAAAAUUAAUUACCACCGUUAACGCAAUAAAUUUGAUAGCCCUACUUUAAGCCAAAACUACUCUGGAUGAGUGUAAGACAUUUUGUCUGUAACGUUAAAUACAAUUAGAAAACGAUUUAAAUUAAAAAAAUAUGUAUAUUAAAAAAAGGCAUGUCCGAUAUUUUUUUGCCAAUUCCGAUACUUUAAAAAUGACGUGAUAGGACCCGAUCGAUGCCGAUCAAUCGGGACGUCUUUAAUUGCGAUGUUUUUCCUUAUUCAGGUUUGUUUCAAGACUACAGUUAUGACACAUCUCAGCUACUCUCAAGUUUAACCAGUUUGCAUUAUUUUAUUGCAAUAUUUUUCCUUAUUCAGAUUUGUUUCAAGACUACAGUUACAGUUAGACUUCACUUUGAUGGUUAAUGCAGUUAUUGCAAUUUUGUUAUUUUAUCACAAUAGAUUGGUUUAUUUACAUUUCAAAAACCAGAAGCCAUUCGUUUACGAAUGUGAUGGCACUUUAGUUUACCUAUUUAAAUGUUCAGAUAUUAAGAUUUGAGUGAGGCAAAAUAACAUGUUUUUUCUCUCAAAUAUAAUGUUAUAAUCAUUUGUUUCAGAUGUACUGUAAUUAUUUUCUGUAUAAAAAUUAAUUUGGUGUUCAAAAAGUGUUUUUAUAAACUUGAGUCUAGAAAAAGAGGGGGUUGUCUUAUAAUCAGCUCCGUCUUAUAUUCAGGCCAAUACGGUAUUUCUUUACUGAACUACGCAACAACUGUGUCUGCCUCAUUUGCCAGAAGACAGUGGCUGUUUUUAAAGAGUUCAAUGUCAAGCGACACAACCGAACGAGACACACUGACGUGUACGACAAGAUUGCAGGGAAGGAACGCUACAAGAAACUGAAGCAACCUAAAGCUAAUUUGUUUAAGAAAAAAAAGUUAAGUGAAUGGUCAACUGCAUGUGAUAUGCAUGUUUCAAAUGAACCAAAACACAUGCUUAAGAUACUUGAAAUUAUAAUAAAAAAGCAAAUGUGAAACAGAAUGGCUUGCUAAAAUUUGUUUAAAUACAUUGUUGUUGUAUGUAAAGAACCUCAGCCAAGGUCGGCCCCUGACAUUUUUACCACAGCAAAUCUGGCCCCCUUUGCGAAAAGUUUGGACACCCCUGUUUUAGAUGAAAAACUCACAGCAUUGCCUAAGUAACAUUAAAAUGCUGGCCAAUUACACCAUUACACAUUUUGAUAUGUCUCUCAUAGGUACGGUUGCCAACUCCCUGAAAAUAACAAUAAAGGACACCUCAUUGGUAGAGCUGGCUGUCAACCUUUAAGUAUUACUGGUAUUUGUAUGUGAAAACUACUUAAACUUUUUUUUUUUUUAAAUCAGAAUUACAAUGUAAUAUAGUGGUUUUACUCAAAACUGAAUUAGGUACAUAUUUGAGUCAUAUAAGCACAUGGAAAAACAUUUUGACAAUACAAAUAUUCAUCAACAAUUGUAUUUAUAUAUAUAUAUUUUAAAAAAACUACAAUCUGUCCUGCUAAAUUUAAAACUAUAAUUUAACCCUUAAGGGGUUAGAGUUAGGGGUACUGGCCUGUUGCUCCGGCUGUUGGUGGUCCACCUGGCUGAUUGCUGGCGCUGUAGCUGGCCCCCGCUCCGGAUGGCGCUGAACCUGACCAUCUGCUGCCACGGUAGCAGCCUCCUGCCACGGCUUGGCUGGCUGUCAAUGAACCUGGCUAGCGGCACAGCAGCUAGCCAGGCCUCUUGCUGCACCCGGUCCAUCCCAUUA